AUGGCGCAAAACGCAUCUCCCCUCUACAUUAAACCAAAGUACCGUCAACAUGGUGUAUUCUCGCCCGUUGUAAUUGUUUUGAUGGUCCAGGCCACCUUUGUCACCCACCAUUACGAGAGUGGGUGUGGGCAAGCAGGCAUGUUUAAUGGUGAAGCUCUACCUCGUUCUUAUCAAUGGUCGCCUCAUUGGGCGAGCCCGACUUACAACGCAGUGGAGCGACUCGAGUGGAUGACGAGCGAUUGUGUCAUUGGUGGAGACUGUGGAGCUGUCUCUCCGACUGCAUGA